UAAAACUCAGUGAACACUCAGAGUCCCUCAGUGCUUCCUUGUGCUCCUCAUUGUCCUCCUCUCACUGCACUACUGGUCAAACCCCAGCCAUGAGCUCUGAAGACCAAUAUCAAAACUUCUUGGACCUAUUCAGUGAAGACGAUAACACGACUGACACGAGCUAUGUGUCCAGUGACCGUGUCGUGCUCUGUCCAAAGCAGGAUGUCAAUCAGUUUGGUGCAAGAUUCAUCCCAGUGUUCUACUAUGCCAACUUCCUCCUGAGUUACCUUGGUAACGGGCUCGUGCUCUUCAUUAUCUUCAAGUUUGAGAAGCUCAGCACAGUGACAAACAUCUUCCUCCUGAAUUUGGUCCUCUCCAACCUUCUCUUUGCCUCCAGUCUCCCAUUCUGGGCGAUGUACCAUUUGUCUGACUGGAUUUUUGGCCUGGUUCUGUGUAAGAUGGUCAGCAGUGCUUACUUCAUCGGCUUCUACAGCUCCAUCCUAUUCCUCACACUCAUGACAUUUGACCGAUACCUUGCAGUGGUGCAUGCAGUGGCAGCUGCUAACAGCAGGAAAAAAGCAUAUGCCAUCAUUGCAUCAGUGGCAGUUUGGUGCACCAGUAUUGUAGCGAGUGUGAAAGAGCUGGUUCUCCAAAAUGUGAGAAAGAGUCCAUACGAUGGACUGAUAUGUGAGGAGUCAGGAUACCCUGAGAGCACCAUGGAGCACUGGCGUCUGGUCAGUUAUUACCAGCAAUUCCUGCUCUUCUUCCUCCUCCCUCUGUUCAUGGUGAUGUACUGCUACAUCAGCAUCACAGUCCGCAUCCUGUCCACCCGCAUGAAGGAGAAAUGCCGCUCCAUCAAGCUCAUAUUUGUCAUCAUCUUCACCUUCUUCGCCUGCUGGACACCCUACAAUAUCGUGAUCCUCCUUCGAGCUAUUCAGAUCUCGAGCCCCAGUAAGGAUUGUUCUGACGCAAAGACCUUGGACUAUGCCCUGUAUGUGACCCGAAACAUAGCCUAUUUGUAUUGUUGCAUCAGUCCAAUGUUUUACACAUUUGUGGGAAAGAAGUUCCAGAGCCACUUCAGAAGGCUGAUGUCUAAGAGGAUCCCCUGUCUGAAGAGACACAUGAGCCUCAGCAGCCAGAGCACCAGAACCACAUCACAGAGGACGCCACACUCUGCUUAUGAGUACUAGACACACACACACACACACACACACACACACACACACACACACACACACACACACACAUGAUUGACUCCAUGUUUAAUUCCUGCCAGACUCUUCCACAUGGUUAAAUCUUAUUGUCAGUUAGAAACAAUCACAUUUUUUAUCAUUAACUUAAUUAGAUGUCAGUUUCAAGACUGCUCCACUACGGUGGCGUAUUAAGGCCAUUGUAGGUCAAUAAAACUAUUUACGGAGCCGGGGAGGGGUGUAAUAUUCCGAGACAAAAUUCAGAAUUUCCGAGAUUAAAGUCAUACAUUUACAAGAAAAAUAAAACUUGGAUAUUCUCUGAGAUUACAGUGGUACAUUUACAAGACAAAACUCAGAUAUUCCCUGAGAUUAUAAAGUUAUAAAUUUGAGAGGAAAAAAAACAAAAAGUACAAAACUGUGGUAAUGAAAAAUAGUGGAGUAUCUUUGUUUAGGAACCAUAUCGCUACACUGUGCAAGGUCGGAUCAAGCUCAACACACACCAUUAAUCACUGCGGUAACGUGGGCCACAAAGUGCAAAAUAUAUUAUUACUAUAGGCCUACAUUAUACUGUAUAUUGUAGUGGACUCUCCAUCCAUCCAUUCCCAGCUGUUUAUUCGGGGCCGGGUCACGGGGGCAGCAGGAUAAGCAGGGUAAUGUAGACGUCCCUCUCCCCAGUAAACUCUAAGGGCAUCAUUAGCCAUAAUGUGUGGUUCAACACAAGCAGUUAUGUCAAAGUAUGUGCCUUUUCUGUGUUAUUUUCCCUUCACACUGACACAGUGACACAGUGACAGUGUGUAACCAUGGCAACGCAGAGUGUUUGGAGUGACGUCUUCUUGACGGCUUGUUUUUAGUGUGAAAUAAAAGACACGCCUUCAUGUAGUCAAAGAUAUAAGUUGUUCAGCUCUACUUUCCUGUAACUUCUACAAUAUUAGCAUUUACGCAUGUUUAUAAAAGAACACAGAAUGAACACGAAAAGAAAUGUGUACAGUAUAUGUACCUUUCAGGACCUUCGCCUCGCUCAGUUUUCCAACUUUUUUCUCGACUCUAAUCUCGGAAUAUUACAUCCCUGGCCCUAAUACGCCAUCGUAGUACGGACUGCUUAAGAUCUACUUCUCACAUUCAAAUUGUUAGCUUUUACCAUACUUUUUUUAUAGCAUAUAUUGCGUUUGAGUUAAAAUUGUUGCUUCUCUUGAGGAACUUUAGUCCACGUUUCGAUGUGUGGCUGAAUGAUUUUAUGUAUCUGCUUGUUCCAAUCUUGUUGAAUCAAUGUUGAAUGCAAAGUGUAUGUUUGUAGAAUGAACUAUAUCUUGACCCUUUAAUAAAUAUGCCACUCAAUCUA